AUGGAUCUUUUUGAUGUUUUUGAUGAAGAUCCUUCAGUUUCUGUCCCUGAAGAUACUCAAAAAGAAGAAGUCGUAGUUGGAGAAAAACGCACAAAUUCAGUUGCGUUAGACAACGUCUCCGACUCUCAAGAAAAUGAAAACGAAAAUGAAAACGAAAACGAAGCAAAUAAAACUACAGAUGAUUCAGUUAAGGAAAAAUCAACAAAUAGGAAAAUAAAAAAAAAUAAAACUUCAGAUGAAGUGAAAACCGUGGUCACUGAUUCUUUUGAAACCGAGGCAUCGCGUGAAGUUACCGCGUCUGCUGGUCUCAUGGCUCAAGAAGUUGUUCAAAAUGGAGAUGAACAAAAUGUUGUUUUAUCUCAUCAAGUCAGACAUCAAGUCGCACUUCCUCCAGAUUACGAGUAUAUUCCCAUUUCCCAGCAUAAAAUAGAACACCCUGCUAGAACAUACCCAUUCACCCUGGAUCCCUUUCAAAAAGUAUCUAUCAACUCAAUUGAUCGUAAUGAAUCAGUUCUUGUUUCAGCACAUACAUCAGCAGGAAAAACAGUUGUUGCAGAAUAUGCUAUUGCUCAAAGUUUACGCGAUAAACAGCGUGUUAUUUAUACAUCCCCAAUUAAAGCUCUUAGUAACCAGAAAUAUCGUGAACUUCUUGAGCGAUUUCAAGAUGUUGGCUUAAUGACUGGUGAUGUUACUAUUAAUCCUGAUGCAUCAUGCCUUGUCAUGACUACAGAAAUUCUUAGAUCAAUGCUUUAUAAGGGAUCCGAAGUUAUGCGUGAAGUUGCAUGGGUUGUUUUUGACGAAAUUCAUUACAUGAGAGAUCCUGAACGUGGUGUAGUUUGGGAGGAAACAAUUAUUUUACUUCCUGAUAAGGUUCAUUAUGUUUUCUUAUCUGCGACUAUUCCUAACGCUAUGCAAUUUGCUGAAUGGGUUUGCAAAACUCAUAACCAGCCAUGUCACGUUGUUUACACUAACUUUCGACCUACCCCCCUUCAACAUUAUCUUUUCCCUGCAGGUGGCAGUGGCAUCCAUCUUGUCGUCGAUGAGAAGGGCAAUUUUAGAGAAGAAAAUUUCCAAAAGGCCAUGGGAAGCUUGGGUGAAAAGAUGGGUGAAGAUCCAGCUUCUAUUGAUGCUAAACAUAAAAAAGGAAAAAUUUCCAAAGGUGGAAAACAAGACCUGGGUGAUAUUUACAAAAUUGUUCGCAUGAUUAUGCAAAAGAAUUUUAAUCCUGUCAUUGUUUUCAGUUUUUCUAAACGUGAAUGCGAAUCACAUGCAUUGAAACUUUCCAAGCUAAAUUUCAACUCAAGUGAUGAAGUUGAAAUGAUUGAUAAAAUUUUUACUAAUGCAAUGAGCUCUUUGUCUGAAGAUGAUCGGAAAUUGCCCCAAAUUUCACAUAUUUUACCCCUUUUAAGAAGAGGUAUUGGUAUUCAUCAUUCUGGUCUCCUUCCCAUUCUUAAAGAAGUCAUUGAAAUUCUUUUUCAAGAAGGUUACAUUAAGGUUCUUUUCGCUACAGAAACAUUUUCUAUCGGUCUUAAUAUGCCUGCUAAAACCGUUGUUUUUACCAAUGUUAGAAAAUUUGAUGGUAAAAAUUUCAGAUGGGUUUCUGGUGGAGAAUAUAUUCAAAUGAGUGGACGUGCAGGAAGAAGAGGUCUUGAUGAUCGUGGUAUUGUUAUUUUGAUGAUUGACGAACAAAUGGAACCUGCUGUUGCAAAAGGAAUGGUUAAAGGUGAGGCUGACAGAUUAGAUUCUUCAUUCCAUCUUAGUUAUAAUAUGAUUCUUAAUCUUCUUCGAGUCGAAGGAAUUUCUCCAGAGUUUAUGCUUCAACGAUGUUUUUAUCAAUUCCAAAAUCAUGAACAUAUACCCGAGUAUAAAAAGAUGUUUACCGAAGUGGAGGAAAAACUUGCUGCUAUUCAUAUUGAAAAUGAAGAGGCAAUUCGGGAAUAUUAUGAUUUACGUGAACAAAUUAAACUUUUUUCCGAUGAUGUUCGCACAGUUAUUACCCUUCCAACUCAUAUUAUUCCUUAUUUACAACCUGGGCGUCUGUUAAAAGUUAAAAUAAAUGGAACAGAUUUUGGAUGGGGUGCUGUUGUUUCUUUUGAUCGCAGAAACCCACCAAAGAAUAAGAAAAUAGAACUAUCCCCUCACGAGUCAAUCAUUGUUGAAGUUCUGCUUUGGGUCACAAAGGCUUCUCCCACAAAUCUUCAGCGCAAAAAGAGCCCAUUUUUACACCCAGGAAUAACCCAUUCUUUGGAUCCAAAUGAAGGGAAAAUGGAAUCACUUUGGAUUACUUUAGACUCAAUUCAAAAACUGAGUAAUCUUAAGAUUCGUGUACCUAAAGAUCUUUCAUCUCCUAACCAACGGAAGUCUAUCAAACGUAACAUUGACGAAGUUUCUCGACGUUUCCCCGAUGGUAUUCCCAGCCCAGAUCCUGUUGAAAACAUGAAGAUUGUUGACGAUUCCUUUCUUAAACUGAUAAGAAAAAUUGAGGUUUUGGAAACUAAACUACAUGCAAAUCCUCUUCACAAUUCUCCAGAUCUUGAGGAACAAUUCAACAAAUAUUCUGAAAAGGUCGCUCUCAUUCAAGAGCGUAAGAAAAUCAAAUCUAAAUUAUCUGAUGCUUACUCGAUAUUGCAACUAGAUGAACUUCGGUGCCGCAAACACGUUUUACGACAAUUGGAGUUUACAACACAGGACGAUAUUGUCGAACUUAAGGGAAGAGUUGCAUGUGAAAUUUCCAGUGGUGAUGAACUUGUUAUUACAGAAAUGAUUUUCAACGGUAGUUUCAGCAAUUUAACUCCUGAGCAAUGCGCUUCAUUACUCAGCUGUUUUGUUUUUGAUGAAAAAACGCGCGAAGCACCUGUACUUUCUCCUGAACUUAAAAUACCUUAUGAUUCACUUUGUGAGAUUACAAAAAGAGUUGCUCAAGUUUCGAAACAAUGCAAAAUUAACAUUAAUGUCGAUGAUUACCAAGCAAAGUUUAAAAUGGAAUUGAUGGAUGUCGUAUACCAUUGGUGCCAAGGUGCGACUUUUGCUCAGAUAUGUCGUAUGACUGACGUUUAUGAGGGCAGUUUGGUUCGUUUAUUCCGUCGUCUUGAAGAACUGAUUUUGCAGGUUGGAGAGGCGGCAAAAAUUAUGGGAAAUACAGAUAUUCAAGAUAAAAUGAACAAGGCAUUAACUUUGAUCAAGAGAGAUAUGAUUUCUGCUUCAUCUCUUUAUCUUUAA